UGCCGCGCCUCCUUUCCGCUCUAGGCCGCUCACUCUAUGGUCGGUGCCCGCCAGGACCCGGAAGUGACUGGGCGGGCGGAAACGGGUGGGCGAUGCGGUUCCGGGUCACGGAGGGAAGUGGCCCGGCGGGUCAUGGAGGGGCCCCGAGGAGGCUUUGCAUGAAGCACGUCCCUGCAGCUCUGCUCAAAGCAGCAUCUGGUGAUGUUUCCAACCCCCCCCCCACCACCACCCCAGGCUCCUCCACAUGGCACUGAUGCAUACCCAGCCCUCCGGUGAGCCCUGAGCACUUCCCCCGCCAUUGGCACAGAGAUACAUUUCCCCCGCCUUGCCCUCUCGGCCCGGAACGAAGCGGCCAUGGCUGAGGCCGUCCAUUACAUCCACCUGCAGAACUUCAGCAAGUCCCUGCUGGAGACGCUGAACGGGCAGCGCCUGGGUGGGCACUUCUGCGACGUGACUGUGCACAUCCACGAGGCCACCCUGCGGGCCCACCGGUGUGUGCUGGCCGCCGGCAGCCCCUUCUUCCACGACAAGCUGCUGCUGGGCUACUCGGAGAUCGAGGUGCCCGCCGUGGUGCCCAGCCAGGUGGUGCAGCAGCUGGUGGAGUUCAUGUACAGCGGCUCUCUGGUGGUGGCCCAAUCCGAGGCCUUGCAGAUCCUGACGGCCGCCUCCAUCCUCCAGAUCAAGACGGUCAUCGAUGAGUGCACCCAGAUCAUCUCCCAGAGCCGCAGCCCCAAGCCGCCCGCCGCUGCUCCCUCCAUGCCCCUCUCCGUCCCCAGGCCGAUGGUCGUCAAGCCCCAGGAGCAAACCAAGGAGAGCCCAGGUGUUGUCGGUCUCCCAGCCUCCCGGCCCGGCGAGCUGGAGCCCCCCGGCACCGCCCAGCUGGAGGCCCCCAAGCUGCUGUGCGCCUCAGAGGUGCGCUACAAGCUCCGCGACCUGCUCUCCUCCCAGCAGAAGCAGCUGGGGGAGGCCAGGGAGAGGGCAGCGUCCGAGGGGGAACUGGCAGCCGCCGGCAGCGACGGCGAGGGGCCCUACAGCGGGCUGCACCCAGCCGAGGCUCAGCCCAGCUGCCACAGCCGCAAGCAGCGGCAGCCGGUGCGGCUCCAGCUUUCCGACGCCUUGCCUGUCAUCAUCAAGGACGAGGAGGAGGAGGAGGAAGACGAGGAGGAGGAGGAGGGCGGGGGAAAGCUGAGCUGCUUCGGGGAAUGUGGCGGGGGAGCCUUCCCCAGCUGCAGCGAGGCCAAAGACACCGGGGGCGGGAGCAGCGGAGGUGGGGCGGGCAGGAAGGAUGGCGUCCAGCUUGACUACCCCGCCGUGGAGGGGCAGGAUUUCUUCGGCGGGCAGGACGUCUUCUCCGAGUCCUUCAUCCCGGCCUGGCAGAGCGAGGAGGGCGGCCAGGGGGCAGCCCGGGAGGGCGAGAAGUUCCGCACCGAUUGCAGCCUGGAGGCCUCCAACAUGAGGACGCUGGCUGGAGACUUCAAGCCAGCCCCGGCCGGCUUCCCGGCCCAGGCGCCCGAGCCCCGCAGCUUGGCGUUCGUCUCCUCCCUGGGCAUCCAGCGGGAGCUGAAAGCCGAGGUGAGCGCCGCCGGACCCGGCACCACCACCACCACCAGCAUCUUCCAGUUCCACCUGCCGCAGCCCGGCGUGGCCCAGAGCUUCUACAGCGUCCAGCAGGAGGCCGGCGCCGCCAACAUGGUACAGCUCAGCCCCGGCGCCAUGGUGACGGGCUCCCUGCACGGCGAGCAGGCCCAGCGCCCGGGGCCUUCCCGCUGCUCCGAGCCCUCCUACCAGUGCAGCCACUGCCAGAAGACCUUCAGCUCCCGCAAGAACUACACCAAGCACAUGUUCAUCCACUCAGGCGAGAAGCCCCACCAGUGCAGCAUCUGCUGGCGCUCCUUCUCGCUGCGGGACUACCUGCUGAAGCACAUGGUGACGCACACGGGCGUGCGGGCCUUCCAGUGCUCCAUCUGCUGCAAGCGCUUCACCCAGAAGAGCUCCCUCAACGUCCACAUGCGCACGCACCGCCCCGAGCGCUUCCAGUGCUGUAUCUGCAACAAGUACUUCUCCCACCGCACCCUGCUCGAGCGCCAUGUGGCCACCCACACCGCUUGGAAAGCCGGCGAGCCCGAUGUGGCCGGAGGCGCCUGGAAGGAGAAGCCUGACCCGGGAGAAGGCGCCAGCGUCACCGCCUGGAAAGGGGACCCAGCCGCCGAGGGCGCCAUGGUGGCGUGGAAAGGGGACCCAAGCGGGGAAGGCACCAUGGUGGCAUGGAAAGGGGACCCGGGCGGGGAAGGCACCAUCGCAGCCUGGAAGGGAGACUCUGUUGCAGAGGGGGCUCUCCCCACCCAGCCUGCGUGGAAAGGGGACCCUGCUGGAGAUGGCCCCAUGCCAGCCCACACAGCCUAAGAGAGGGGCCCGGCUGGAGUGGGCACAGGUAAAGAGGGGACCAAAGUGGGCCCAUCUCAGCCCAUCCAGCCUGGAAAGGCUCCCAGGCCUAGCACAACCCGUGUGCCCUGGAAAGAGAAGCCGUAGAGUAACCCACUCAGCUCAGAGAGGCAUCUGGGGUACCAGUUACUUUCCUGAUGCCCCCCACCCCAGCCGGUACGACGUGCACUCAAGACCGACUGGCUUGGUCAAGUCCUGUUUUGAUCUCCAAGGUGAGUUCUCUCUGUGGGCUCAACUGCCUUCCGAGCCCCCCAAUGGGCCAUGCCCUGUGGACGCUCCCUCCUCCCAGUCACACCGGUUGGGAGCAGUACCGUCCCCUCCAGCAGACCAUCUCUGAGCCAGGUGACAGAAACCAACGGAAACCCUAGCAGUGACCAAAGAGUCUGUCCGGCUCCCUGGGGAAGGGACAGAAUGGAACUGCACAGCUAUGGAGUCCCUAAACCUUCCUUUGUGAGCAGCUGUUCCUCCAUCUUCAGGCGUUCAGAGGUGGAUCAGAGUUCUAGCUACUCCCUGGCUACAGAAUCCCUCACUUGCCAUCGGUGUUCUCCAGCAGCCCUUGUCAUUGCAAAGAGGAACUUCCCGAUGUUUGCCUGAGUCUGCGGACAGCCUGAAACAGGCCCUGGGAGAGGCACAAACUACCCCUUGGGUUAUUAACCCUGAAACUUAACAAUGGCCGUUUAAAUGUCGGCAUCACUAACUGCAGCUCUCCCAGUAGUUUUAGCAGCCACGUCCAGCUAACGUACUUGUCCCACAAUGCCAAACAAUUCCCCAGUUCUCAAAUCUCCCCGCUCACUCCCCCAUCACCCCCUAUGAACAUGUAUAAGACAGGGUUUGAAGAGCAGUGGGGCACAGAAAAUUUAAGGGCAAAGUAACUAGAGUUCAAUAUAAAAUAAAUAACACACUGAUGAGGUACUGAUUGCGCUGAUGGAGGGGUUGCUGGCAGCCGGUGAACCCCUCCUUCUGUAUAAAAAUAUUGCACCCAUAAGUCAUACCUGAGAACACUUAAAUGGAAGGAGAUUAGAGAGCAGAAGUGGGUGAAAUUUUUUAACCGAACCUUUUUUCAAUGUAAAAUGCAGAUUUGGCAAUGCCAAAAAGUUUCAUAAAUUCGUGUCGGUUUUGCCAAAUGGUUUUGAGGAGAAAAACAAUUAAAAAUAACAUUCUGAAGAAAUCAAAAUGUUUCAUUUGGACUUUUCUGGGAGGAAAAUCCUUUUGGUUUUUCAAUUCGAAAUCUCCUUGAAUUUUAUUUUUUAAAAAUAAAA